AUGAGCACGCUUAGUCCAGCUGACGGCAUUAGGUUUAUUCGACUUAAAGCGGCACUGAGCAGACCAAUCGCUGUAGCAAAAAAAAAGCAGAUACGCUUGCGGAGAGAGGGCUACACCGUACAGGUCAGUGUUAACGACUACCUGGACAUCUACUGUCCACACUACAACCACAGCCAACGGGGGGCGCUAGAGCGCGGUGUGGCCGAGCAGUACAUUCUCUACAUGGUCAGUUACCGAGGCUACCGCACCUGUGACCCACAGAUGGGCUUCAAACGCUGGGAGUGCAACCGGCCGCACGCCCCCCACGCGCCAAUUAAGUUCUCAGAGAAAUUCCAGCGUUACAGCGCCUUCUCGCUAGGCUAUGAAUUCAACGUGGGUCAUGAGUACUACUAUAUAUCUACACCAAUCCAUCACCAUGGACACAGCUGUUUAAGACUGCGGGUGUUUGUCUGCUGUUCUAUAGCCUCUAAUGCAGAUGACGACUCAAACCAGAGUCCACCUGACUACACUGUCAGACCCAAACUGCAUGACAUUGAUGAGUUUAACCCUGAGAUCCCUAAACUGGAGAAGAGUGUCAGCGGCAGCAGUCCGUCUGGAGACCGACUGUUAAUCACUGUGGCGACGCUUCUCCUCGCUGCUCUCCUCGUGUCCUAGCAACCGUCUCUCCCUCUCUCUGACAUUUCUGAGCCAGCAGUCCCGAGCUCUCUGAAAAAAAAUCGCCUUUCGUUCAACCUGUGCGGGAAAUUAUCCAAUCAGAACAGAUUAAUCACUAGUCGAGCCCUAAACGUGGGAGCUAAUUGUAGAUCUACCGCACCCAAAUAGUGGCCUUUGUCUCCACAAUUUUGGACCUUACGAUUAAGGAUGACAUGCAUCGAUUUCAGGAUUUGCCUUUGUGACGGAACGUCCACUCUUCUCAAACAUACUCGCGGAGAAAAAAAAAAACAAUCUGUUUAGACAGUGAGGUAUCUACCUCUAGCUACGUCUGUUCUCAUGUUCAAUGAACCCAUCCAGACUGGGGCAGCUCUUGAGGUGGACAUUCUGAGAUUGACAUGAGCUCAAAUGGAUAUGACAAGCGUCAUAGUGCUCAGUGCUUUGACCGUUGGAUCUCAGCUGAGGGACUCGAGGAGUAUUGGAGACCUUUGAUCCUGUCUUAACAUUCUGUAACAACCCAUACCUAUGUGACUGCGAUAUGUGUCAGUCAUUGAUAGUGUUGCAGCAGAGAUCAAUAAAACUCAUUUGCCAGUCACUAAGUUCAGAUGUUAGGCUUAUGAAUCGUUCACAGAAAGGCAUGGCUGCUGUUUCUGCUAGUUGCCGGGCUGGAGUCUCGUUUGUGAGCUGUAAUGGGAACGCUUUCCAUCUAGUUUCCUAGUUCCACUGCUGAACUUGGAAACUAGAGGCAGAUUAUCGGUCAGAGACCAUCACUUUUGUACAUUGUGUGACCGAAAGAGUUUGGUCAUCAUAGCAGCGCACAUAACAAAAGAGAAUCGAGACGGACCGAAUGAAGGGUAGAUAAUAGAUAGACUUUUAUUUGCUAUAGUAUGUACGUGUCAUCAUGGGAAGGUACUGGAUUGGCCAGUGCCACUGAUUAGCAUAGUGGCCAUUUUUGUAAGAGCGGUCGAGUCAUAAACUGCAAUUCGCUGUUUUAUAUCGAAGAAUUGCAGUGCAGGAUUAGUUUUUACUGUAUGAUACAUAUUUAACUGCUCUUUGAGUAUGUUACUUUAUAUGCUUAAUUUAUUGAGUUAUUUAUUGAUCAUUUGAUCCUUUUUUGAAACUUUGUGAGUUUUGUCUGCUUUUUUGAGGGAUCUUUCC